AUGGUUGCGAGCUACCUCGUAGUCAACUCAAGGAAGGUCAACAUUGAUGACCUCUAUCACGGCGAUCGAUCCAGUAUCUACUGGUUUACGGCCGGUAUCAAUUGGCGAGCGGCUGUUGCGUGGAUUGUUGGCUUCGCACCAUUGAUGUCUGGCUUUAUAGCAGCGGUCAACACUUCAGCUGUUGUAUCCUCCGGCGCAACAGAGCUUUAUUAUCUCAGCUAUCUUUACGGUUUCUGCGCGAGUGGUCUUGUUUUCGUUGCUCUUCACAAAAUAUUCCCGGCACGUUCUUUGGACAAUUUCGUCAAGAACGGCGUGUCUGCCGAAGAAACGAGACAUUAUUACAGGACAAAGUGGGACAAUAUAGGCUACGAGAACCAGGGGCCCAUGGGUGAUAACAAGAUAGACGAAACCAUCACGGUGAAUGAUGCCAGUGCCGUCGAUCGAGUCUAG